GCACUCACAACGCGAGACACACGGUUGGUGUUGGUGACUAAACUGUUGUAAGCUUGGCACAGAUUCAAGCCAUUUUGCAAGGUUAACUGAUUUUACUUGACGCCGUUAUAAUCUGGUUUCUGCAACAAUGCCCCAAACAGGCGAAAACAAAGAUAUUUUCAUGCUGGAAAAUUACAUCGGUGGAAAGUUUAUACCGUGUUCAGCAUACAUAGACUCAUACGACCCGUCCACCGGAGAGGUGUACUGCAAAGUUCCGGACAGUGGCCCGAAAGAGGUGGAGGCGGCAGUAAAGGCAGCCAAAGAAGCCUUUCCUGAGUGGUCAGCCAAGAGCCCAGCCGAAAGAGCACAGAUCUUGAACAAAGUAGCAGACCUGCUGGAGGCUCGUCUGGAAGAGUUUGCCCAGGCUGAGUCCAAAGACCAGGGAAAGACCAUAACGUUUGCCCACACGGUCGACAUCCCCAGAUCGGCGUAUAACUUUAGGUUCUUUGCCUCCUCUGGUCUUCACCAUACCACAGAAUGCAGUCAAAUGGAUCAUAUGGGUUGUGUCAACUACACCGUCCGCUGCCCUGUUGGAGUGGCUGGUCUGAUCAGCCCCUGGAACCUGCCCCUUUACCUACUCACCUGGAAGAUCGCUCCAGCUAUUGCCACGGGCAAUACAGUUGUGGCUAAGCCCAGUGAGAUGACGUCCGUCACGGCCUGGAUGCUGUGCAAACUGCUGAAAGAUGCAGGUGUCCCAGAUGGUGUAGUGAACCUGGUUUUUGGGACUGGUCCUCGUGCAGGAGAUGCUCUGGUGUCACAUCCUGAUGUCCCAUUGGUGUCCUUUACUGGUAGCACAGCCACAGCGAGACUCAUCACAGAGCGCAGUGCACCGUUCUGUAAGAAACUCUCACUGGAACUGGGGGGCAAAAACCCUGCCAUUGUGUUCGCAGAUGCCAAUUUAGAUGUUUGCAUCAGCACCACUGUGAGAUCCAGUUUCUCAAACCAGGGAGAAAUCUGUCUGUGUACCAGCAGAAUCUUUGUGGAGCGCAGUAUCUUCUCAGAGUUCUUAGAAAGAUUCGUGGCAGCAGCACGUCAGUGGAAGACUGGGGUUCCCUCAGACCCCAAGAACCAAAACGGUGCACUUGUCAGCAAGGAGCACUUAGAGAAGGUGCGGAGUUACGUGGCAUUGGCGCGGGCAGAGGGUGCCCAGGUGCAUUGUGGGGAGGGUGUCGACGUGCUGGAGGUCCCAGACAAGAAUGUAGGGGGAUACUAUAUGCUCCCUACUGUCAUCUCCGGGAUGAAAGACUCCUCUCGCCUGAUGCAGGAGGAGAUCUUUGGGCCUGUCACCUGUGUGACGCCCUUUGACUUGGAAGAGGAAGUGAUAACACGGGCGAAUGGCGUUCGGUACGGUUUAGCAGCUACUGUGUGGUCACAAGACGUGGGUCGUGUGCACCGAGUUGCAAGGCGAUUAGAGUCUGGGUUGGUGUGGACCAACUGCUGGAUGGUGAGAGACCUGAACCUUCCAUUUGGAGGGAUGAAGAAUUCAGGCGUUGGCAGAGAGGGAGGAAAAGACUCAUAUCACUUCUUCACUGAAGUCAAAUGCAUCACCAUCAAACACUGAGGGGCAGAACAGACACAGACAUGUUCAAACAUUUUAAGGUUUCUGUCAAGAAUGACCGAACUCUAAAAAUGAUCAGAGCACUAUUAUCGCUCGGUCACUCUCUCUCUCCCUCCCUCACACACAUAUCGUGCUAAAAGUUGCUCAGAGUGCAAUUUAAAAUAAUGUAAAAUAAAUAUAUAACAGAUUUAAAAAGAACACUCAUGUCACACACCAUUUAUGUUUUACGACUGGGAAACAGGUGUACACUCUUCUCAGCCAAUCAAAACCGCAAUGUUUAGUUUAGCUGAAAACCGGCAGUACUCGGAAUCUUGACUUGGGAAGAAUUCUGCUGUACGCAGGCACGCCGUGGUACCAAGGUAAAACUGAACAGAUGUGUUAUGCAUCAAAUAAAAUGUCAUUUGGAG